GACGCUUGAUUUCUCUAGACGAUGACUAAGCCAAAGGCCAAUGAUCUUGCGCGCAUUUAGAAACAAGCUCUUGCAGGAAGAAAGACGAGUCAUCAAUUUGUCUGCACUCCUAGCUAGCCACCAUGCACAUCCCACCAGGUCAAGCCAUCGACGAUGAAGCCCAGCUCUAUGGUUUUAUUAGAGACAACCCACUAGGCGUCCUCACAACGGCGCUGGCUUCGUCGCACGAGCUUCCAUUGCUCCAGUCGACUCAUAUUCCUUGGGUCCUGGACCCUCACGAUGGAACCGUUCUGCGAGGUCACAUGGCGCGUGCCAACCCGCACACAAAGAUUCUCAUCGAGGCGGCAGACAAGGACCAAGCAGAGGGCAGGAUAGGAGACGAGGUCAUGGUCCUCUUUACGGCGCCGCAUAACGCCUACGUCACGCCCAAGUUCUAUAUAAAGACAAAACCAGAGACGGGAAAGGUCGUGCCGACGUGGAAUUACUCUGCAGUCCAAGUCCACGGACGAGCAAAAGUCUUUACGCGAGCUCAGGAAGAGGAGACGAAACAGUUCCUCAGCAAGCAGCUGUGCGAUCUCACCGACGAACUGGAACAGCGGCACCUCCGCCUGACAGGAAAAGGAGACGAGGCUCCGUGGAAGGUCGCUGAUGCCCCGCAGGCGUAUGUCAACGUGCUUAGCCGGGGAAUCAUUGGUAUUGAGAUAGCCGUGACAAGAAUCGAGGGGAGACAUAAAAUGAGCCAGGACAAGCACGAAGAAGACAGGGAGGGCGUUUCGCGAGGCUUCGAGAACGUGGGAACAGAAACAGGCCAGAUCAUUGCAGACUUGGUACGAGAGCUGGGCUCCAACAACCCGGAUCUGCAAUGAGACCGAAGUGGUUUAGCCAGCAAGGGUCUCCGCACGAGAUGAAGACCAAGGCGCAAACUUCACACAUGGAUGGAAGCAUCAAUUCAAAACUACGGGUCUAGAAUUGUAUAUUGACUUGAUGGAACCAACUCCCGACGAGACAAGGUGAAAGGCAAAAGAAGGCGAAAGGUGUUGCUCACUAAGGCCUGUACAACUUGGCAAACGACUCUCUCAGAUCAGCAAUGACGGCGUUUGGCUGAUCUGUGCCUGGAAAAUGCCCUCCGUGGCCGUGUGUGUUGUAGUACUGGAGAUUGCCAAGCCUCUCGGUGUAGAAUUUGGGAACGCGAAGAAUCUCGUAGUUG